GUGCCAAUCGACCAGCAAAUCGGAGCAAUCGACUGGCUUCAAGCUCAGAACGAGAUCCAACCUCGCUGCUUCUUCUCCCGCCGCAGCGACGUCGGUCGUCCCGAUCUCCUCCUCGACUUGGCCAACGACGAAGAGAACUCGAACGGAAACGGACUUGGAGGCUCAUCAGGUCGCGAUUUGGUCAGCGUCGCCGGAAUCGGCUCCGCAGUGUUCUUCCGUGACCUAGACCCCUUCUCUCACGACGACUGGAGAUCCAUCCGAAGGUUUCUCUCGUCAAAGUCGCCUCUGAUUCGUGCCUAUGGUGGCAUGCGGUUUGAUCCCAACGGCAAGAUCUCUGUGGAGUGGGAACCCUUUGGCGCAUUUUACUUUGCAGUGCCUCAGGUUGAGUUUAAUGAGUUUGGUGGAAGCUCAAUGCUGGCUGCAACUCUUGCUUGGGACGAUGAACUCUCUUGGACGCUGGAGAAUGCUAUUGAAUCACUUCAGGAGACUAUGCUUCAGGUUUCUUCUGUUGUGGUUAGGUUACGGAGGGAGUCUCUUGGAGUAUCUGUGCUUAGCAAGAAUCACGUUCCUACCAAAGGGGCGUAUUACCCUGCUGUAGAGAAGGCUUUGGAGAUUAUAAAGCAGAAGAGUUCGUCUCUCAGCAAGGUCGUGCUUGCUCGCAACAGCAGAGUUAUAACAGAUACCGACAUUGAUCCCAUUGCUUGGCUUGCACAGUUACAGAGUGAAGGGCAUGAUGCAUAUCAGUUCUGUCUUCAACCACCAGGUGCACCAGCUUUUAUCGGUAACACGCCUGAGAGGCUUUUCCAAAGGAACCAGUUAGGUGUCUGCAGUGAAGCUUUGGCUGCAACUAGGCCUCGAGCAGCUUCAACGGCUCGUGAUAUGGAGAUAGAGCGUGACUUACUAACCAGCCCCAAAGACGACCUUGAGUUCUCUAUUGUACGAGAGAAUAUCAGAGAAAAGUUAAACUCUAUAUGUGACAAGGUAGUUGUUAAGCCCCAAAAGACUGUGAGGAAGCUUGCAAGAGUGCAGCACCUGUAUUCACAAUUAGCCGGGAGGCUUAGGAGGGAAGAUGAUGAGUUUGACAUCUUGGCUGCUCUGCAUCCAACUCCAGCUGUUUGUGGGCUUCCAGCAGAAGAAGCUAGGCUUUUGAUUAAGGAAAUAGAAUCAUUUGACAGAGGAAUGUACGCUGGACCUAUUGGUUUCUUUGGUGGAGAGGAGAGUGAGUUUGCAGUUGGUAUUAGAUCAGCUCUAGUGGAGAAGGGUCUUGGGGCAUUAAUCUGCGGGACAGGGAUAGUAGCAGGAAGCAACCCAACCUCAGAGUGGAAUGAGCUUGAUCUAAAGAUAUCUCAGUUCACCAAGUCAAUUGAAUCUGAGGCAACAACAACAACAACUCUGCAGCCCAAUUAAUUGAAGAGGAGUAACAACAUUUGUUUAUCUUUGUAGUGUAUGUGGAAAGGGGUUACAAUAGAGAAUCAGUGUGUAUUUUGUCUACGUUUGUAAAUAGAAAUAAUAUUUGUUGAAAGUUCAUAGGGGGUUUUCUGAUUA